CCGAAACCUUUCAUGAUGCCCACUAAAUAAUCUAAGAGUUCUCGAAAUCUGUCUAACACUACAAAACCAUGAAGACUCGUUUGACAGCUGUCACGUAUCUUGGCUUCACCGCCACAGACCGCCGCCUGUCAACUGUCAUGCUCCCGUGGCUGUUGAAGGAAAUUAGAACUUGCGGCACUAACGAUAAGCUCAGCAUAACGAUAGAAGAUGGCUGCCUUAAGGCUUACAACGAGAACUUUGAGCCAGUCAUCGUUCACAGGCUGGUGGAUAUCAUCAGGGCGAGCCAAGUACCAGGCAGACCUGAUGAGCUGUUCUACCUACUCCUCAAUGAGAAGGAGGCCCUGCUGCACUGCUACCUCUUCAAAGCGAACAGUGUCCAAGAGGUGGCGGAACUGUUCACGCAGAUGCGGGAGCCCUCGCCCGGGGCCCCGAGCCCCAAGUCUUCCACCAGUUCGCUCCACGUCACCAGGAACGUGGGCUUCCAGCAGCAGACCCAGGAGCUGCCGUGGCAGACCCCCGCCAUAUCCCUGGCCGGGAACUGCAAUACCAACUUAGCCGGAGAGCCUGCACCUCCCCUGGUAAGGAGUGUCAGCAACGCGUCCGCUCUCACGUCGCUCUGCGCCGACCUUUCGCCUUCAGACUCACAUUUCUUUGAGGUAUUAUACAUCGGGAAAGUCCGGAUAUCGCAGCGGAAGGUUCCCGAGUCGCUCAUAGAUGACGCUUUAAUCAAAUUCGCGCAGCACGAGGCGGACAAGGCGAAGAACCAGCGACGACACAGCUUACUGUCUUCCAAUGGGACCUCAAUCUACAGUGCUGACUCCAACGAAAACUUAACAAAUGACAAAAAGACUGAAUCACCGGACAAAAAAACAAUAUCUAUAUCAAACACCCCACUAGAACCGGACAAAUCUGUCCCCUGGAAAAGCCAAGAAAAUCUACCGGACAUAGUUAAAACAGAUAACGCAGAUUUAGACAAAGAAUUCGAGAAAUUUACUAAAGAAAGGGCGAAUGGGAGGAAAGCUGAUAUAGUACUUAAUGUACCUAACUUAGGUACAGUUGCUGAAGACGAAGAAAAACAUGAAGAGAUUAGAUCAAUUCUAUCUGAAACAGCUUCGUCUAUAACUCAAUUCUGUCAAACUAAUUUCUUAACGGACGGAAAUGAAGAUAGAAAAAUAUAUACUAGUGACGGAAAUGAAGAUAGAAAAGUAUAUACUAGUGACGGAAAUGAAGAUAGAAAAGUAUAUACUAGUGAAUUUAAUCCAUUAGAUGUUAAAACUAACCAGAGGAAUAAAUUAGAUUUAAAGCUUAAUUUAGAGAAAGCUGAAGUAAAGAAAGCGGACAGCUCAACUAAUAUAACUUUUGAGGAGUCAAAAUCGGGAAGGAAAAAUGAAGAAGCUAGGAAUAAUUCGGGAAUGCCGGAGAAUAAAUCGUUUUUGAGAGACAGGUCUGCUUCGAUAGGCACUAUUAGUUUAAAAACACCAAUAGCACAAGUUAUAGGAGAACAAAACAGAACAAUGCUGUUUCAAGUCGGCCGCUCCGAGCUCCGCCUCAUCAGUCCAGACAGAAAGCAGAUCCUGCUACACCGCGCCUUCAAAGACGUCGCCAGUUGCGUAAUCGGCCGCCACAAUAAGGACCAUUUCGGCUUCGUCUGCAGGGAAACUAAUGAGAGCUAUGCGGCCUAUGUCUUCAAGUGUGAGAGCGAUUCCGUGGCUAUGGAGGUUGUCAACGCGAUCAAACAAGCGUUCGUGGCCCACGCGGAGCUCUUGAAGAAGUCUCGAGAGAAAUCUCCCAAUCUGACGUGCGAGCACUGUCCUAUGCUGUGGUAUCACCGGCUCUGCCACGACGUGGAAGGCAUGAACGAGAAGAAGACGCACGCGUUCAUUCUGCGGCGAAUCGAGCAGUUGCCCGAGGAUGAGCAGGAUCUCAUCAUCACUAAAUACCAAGGGGGGACCAACCAUAUGUACGAGGUAAAUGAACACAACGCUUUCCUAAUGAUGUUGUUACGGGCCCAUUGCGAGGCGAAACAGACCAGGCAUAUCCAUGACACUGCCGAAAACAGGUCGGAAUUUCUGAACCAGUACCUAGGUGGCAGCACCAUCUUCAUGAAGGCCCGACGUUCCCUCACCAGCGGCUUCGAUCAUCUUCUCAAGAGGAAAUCCAGCUUGUCUAAAGAAGAUAUCAUUCCUCACAUUAAAAAGGAGCCAUCCCCCCUACCAACCCCCCCAAUACUAGACACGUCGUCGGAGCCCUCCGUGUCAGAGUUGUUGACCCCUGACCAGACGCGGUGCAAGUCGCUCUCACCGGCUGUUCUCAAUGGAAGCGAACCGCCUCCGUCUCCUAAACCUUCGAACAUGACUCCGCCAGCCGAGGAGGAGGAGGAGAUCAAAGAGGAACCGGUCAACUCGCCCAUGAUGGACAUCUUCCUGAAAGUAAGCGACAACCGCCCAGCGCCUACCGAAGCGGGCGCUGAACACGACGCUACCUGGCGACAGGCCAUCUAUGAAAAGGUGUUACAACCUACUGACGUCCAAUGCGAAGCCGGAGACCUAACGCCCGCUAAUCUCCUGGGUCUACCGUCCCCCCGGCCCGGCAAGAGGAGUAAGGAGGAGCUACGGCAGCUGUGGAAGAUGGCCAUCGACCAGACUGUACUCCUGGUGAGGAUGGAGAGGGAAAACGCCAAGUUGAAGAAAAGCGAAGAAACUUCAGCGGUGCGUCGUAUAAAGCUGGAAUACGUGGAGCUAGGCGCAUGUGACACCGGCGUCGCGUCCAUGUGGGACUCGCUCCUGGCCUCCAGAGACCGCUCACAACCUGUGGCAAAAGUUGAUAGGCACAUGUUGACACAGGCUGUCAUACAAGGGGUCCCUCGCAUGAGCCGCGGUCUAGUGUGGUACUUCCUCGCCGAGCAGGCCUGUCUGCGCUCCCCCCCUCCGGACCCUAAGCAGUACCCGCGAUACCAGACCCCCUACAAGACCUUAUUAGCCGGUCUGACGAAGCAUCAGCACGCCAUACUUAUAGACCUUGGGCGCACGUUCCCUCAGCACUCGUACUUCGCGUCAGCGCUCGGGCCCGGCCAGCUGGCGCUCUACAACAUACUGAAGGCCUACUCCCUUGUGGACCCUGACGUCGGCUACUGCCAGGGGCUGAGCUUCGUCGCCGGAGUCCUAUUAUUACAUACAGAGGAAGCGGAUGCCUUCAUUCUACUGCGGCACCUGAUGUUCAGACGUGGCCUCAGGAAACAGUAUUUGCCUGAUAUGAGCGCUCUACAAGUACAGCUAUACCAACUGUCCCGGCUACUCCGCGACCAUGAGCCGGAGCUGCACGCCAAGCUGGAGUCUCUGGACAUCUCCCCCGCCCUCUACGCCGCGCCAUGGAUGCUGACUCUCUUCACCAGCCAGUUCCCUCUGGGCUUCGUCGUGAGGGUGUUCGACCUAAUCUUCCUGGAAUCCCUCGACGUCGUGUUCUCCGUCUCCCUCGCACUGCUGGCGGCGCACAGAGACGGGCUGAUGUUAUGCGAGAGCUGCGAGGAAGCGGCUGAAUAUCUCAAACACAAGCUACCGGACAUGAAUAAGGCGCUGUGCGAUCGAGUUAUGAAGAAGGUUCAAACUCUAGACAUAAGCCGCCAGCUAUGCGACUACGCGGUGGAGUAUGCGGUACUGAGAGAGGAGAUGCCGCGACUGGCGACUCUGACGGAGGACAACCGGCGACUAGUCGCACAGACUAAUCGCAUGUCCGGCGAACUGGACUCUGCCAUGGACGCCAUAACUGCCUACCAGAAUAGCCAAGCGCGCCUAGAAUCAAUAAACAAAUCCAUGGAUCAUCAGCUCACUCUGCUCAGCCGGUACAUCGCCGCCCACCACAGGCAAGACAUGCCUACAGAAGUCAAGAAGAUAGUCCAAAACCAUAACAAGAAAAUAUCCUUCGGAUCCAAAAUAUUCUCAUCGAAAUUUACUUCGAACGAAGAUGACGAAAAUGAUCCCAAAAAGACGUUCAAAACUGGCAUUAGUGCGCCAAACCUAUUCGCUAAAAUAUCCAGAGAAGACGUAUUUAAUGCUGUCAAAGAAAAAUCUUCACCAGAGUCAGACAAAAAACAGUUCUUGUCGAAAAAAUCGCAAUCUGUGUCAGGCUUGGCUGUUAAACCUUUCCCAUUGAAAGUUUUGGAAGAGAAACCGGAAAACAAGAGAACUGACAGCUUCCGAAACAGCAACGUACUUAAUGAGUCUCUGAGAGAAUUGGGAAAGAAAAAUACAGGAUUCUUCGCUAACACUCACGAACAAAUAAGACAAGAAAGGCUCUUUGAACAGCAGUUAAAACACGAUUUCGAUGAGAAUUUAAAGAAGUUGGACCAGAAACUGUCACCGAAAUACGAUGAAGAUUUAAGUAUAUUCCAAAGUAGAAAGAGUAUGUCUUUAAAUUUGAAAGAACCGAAAGAAAAUAAACAGGAUAGUGGUUUCGUAACUCCCAUGAGUCCAGAGGAUAGAAAAGAAGAUACGUCGUCGAUAAUAUCGCAUCCUUUAAGCGAUUGUGACGUGGAAAUCAAGUUUGAUGGACAAUCGACUAAACUGAAGCAAAUUAGGCCUUUUAGAAUAUUAAGCGAAUAAUUAUGAAGUGUUACUGUAGUACUUUCGUAACCAGUUACGAAAUGGGAAAUAAUAUUCCUAGAAUGUAACCAUUUAAUACACGAAAAAUACCACGGACACUUACUACCUUUAGAUUUUACCAGUUGGUUACGGAAUUCGGUUGAUGCCUUACUCAAAAUGGUUAAAAUUUAGCAAUCGGAAUCGGAUUUACAUACCAAACAAUGAAAUUGUCGUAAUCGUAACCAAAAUGUAAGCGCCGUAAAAUUCGUUUAGGUCGCGAGAUUCACGCUCCGCUUGUAUGGUUUGUUGUCAAAACAACAUCAACUCAUAGCGCAAAAUACUGUUUCUCUGUGCCGGUUCUAUACGUUAGGUUAUAUGUUUUCGCGGGCUUGGUUUCCGCAUCUCGACGUCAUAAUAUUGCGCCUAUUUUGCGUGGUGGGUUGGCGGCAUUAUUCUUGCCAACCCAACUCUACCAAGAAGCCUAGCAGACACUUAACGUUGCUGACGACUUCUGGGAGAGACCCCGGUGAGCCGAGGUGUUGUGCCCAGUAUUCUGCCACAACUUGAUUAGUUGUCAAGCGGACCCCAGGCUCUCAUGAGCGGUGGUGAAAUGCCGGGAUAACGUGAGGAAGAAGAUUCUGCCACCCCUGGGCAUUUGAGAAUAACGUGGGCGGCUGUCCCCUCUGCCUCCAUACAUGCUCUGCAGAUGGGGCUAUCUGUAUGUUCGUAAUAAUAGUUCAAUGUAAACUGCCAACAGUUUGCAUGCUUAACGAUUUUAGCUUCAAGUUCAAAUAGUUAAAAUUUGUCAUAAGGGGUUUAUGAUUGACUGUUAAAGCCGUUACAGACGGACGUACCGAACCGUGACCUUAGUCCGGUUAAAAUAUCUCCUACUUGCUCUUAUAACUGCGUCCUUAGCAGACGUACGGCGGACCACGUUGUACACGAUCGAACAGGCUACAGACCGGAUCAAGGUCGUGGUCCGGUACGCCCGUCUGUAGCAGCUUUUAGCUGCGGGUUUUCAAGUCAUAAGUGCUGCUUGGAAUUUAAUAAGUAGGAUGUGCACUCUUCCAAAAAUCGUGACAUAUAGAAAUAAGCUCAAUGUUACGAAGUAAAAGCUGUGUUAUGUGAGAACGGACCCAAGAGAUCUUUUACCAUUUCGAUUUCUUUUUAUAUAGAUGGUCAAGCAAAUCUUGUCAGUAGAAUAACGCGCGAAAUUCAAAUUUUCUAUGAGACGAUAUCCCUUCGCGCCUACAUAUUCCAAAUGUGCCGCCUUUUUCUACUGACAAUAUCUGCUUGACCAAGUAUAGUUCCGUUGAUAGAUAAAAGAUAACAGCAGGAUUCUUUAUCACCAGGCUGCGUAGCCAACAUGCCAAUCGUUUACAGAAAACGAAACUAAACGCUAUUGUCUCUCUGCCACUCUUUCCAUAUUAGUGCGAUCGAGACAGCGUUUCGUUCCUCUGUGAACGAUUGUCAUCUUGGCAACAAAAAAACUUUUUUUGAAGUGAAAACUUCUUUAGCGGCGCUGUGCAGUUUUUGAGAUGGGGAAAAAAUGUUAAACUCGCGACAGCGUAAGACGGACACGUGACCUGAUCGAAAAACUGUUACAAUGUCAUCGAGUUUUCACUUCUGCCGGCACUCCCGGAGUGCAACCCGUUGUUUUUUUAUGCAAUUAGAACUGGUUCUAUCAAUGGAAUUGUGAAUAGAGGGCGUCCAUUAAUUACGUGAGUUCUUCAGGGGGAGAGGGUCAAGCCGAUUCUCACAGACCCUUCACGUAACCCCCUCCCCCCUCACCCUCAUACCUAUAAAUUAUAAUGACGACUAAACCAUUGACAAUGUUUUUAGAUUUCUUGCGGUUCGUGUUGUUGCACUCGCUAGUUGUUAUGUUAUGUAUAAUAUGUAUAGAUUGAUUCACGUGAGCAGCGUGAGCUGGCAUGUAUGGAUCGAAUUAGUGAAAGAAAAUUGGAUAAAGGCGGUAACAGUGGCUCAGCUCGAACGUGCGCCACUAUCGUGUUGUCUCGGUACGAAAAGAAUGAUAGACUCCGCCAUUUUGAAAAUUUGAAAUAACUGAAUCGACAAAAAAGAAUCUAUUUAAUCAUCGAACCUGCUCACAAAAUUUCACGAGAAUCGGUCGAGAAUUGCGACCUGUAGAGAACAUCCGGACAUACGACAGUAUUUUUGCCCUAUAACGGAGACCUUCGCUAACGCUUCGGUAACUAAUAGUGUCAGGUUUUGUGAAUCCAUCUGUACGUUAAUUAUGUUAUUGUUGCAUAUGUGUGUAUGUGUGCGUGGGUGUAUAACUGUAUGUGUGACUCGCCUUAUACAAUAAAUAGUGUGGUAUAAAGUAUAUGAUUGUUUCAUUUGUCCGUUCGGAAGCUUUAACGGGAAAGGGGCUGUCCAUAAAUUACGUCGUUUUUUGACGAAAAUCAUGCUUCGAAUGACCCCGUUUCCUCCUACGUCAUGCUACCGUCAUCCGAUGUCCUGCCCAUAUAACCAUUCCAGUCGCAGAAUCAUCAAAGUGGUAACUAAAUGUCAGAUGUGUCGUAACAGAGUCCACACAAUGUGUCUAGAAUUGUUUCGAAACAAAGUGUCGUCGCCGUGUGUACACUUUUCCGUAACAAGGUGUCGACACAUUUGUGUGCACUUUGCGUGCGGUUUGCGACUAAAUCUGACAGCAAAUUUGUGACAGCAAAUGUCAAUAUAAAAUACCUCUUGAAAACCAAGGUUUGUCAAACUACUAUUAGUGUCUCGUGUGCUUGUAAUUCUAGUAAGUGAUCAUGGGCGAUGCGAAUGAUAAAAAUCGACCAAAACCAUAUAAACACCCAACACCCGUCAACCUUUUACAGAAAAGUGUUUAAAGAAAUGCAAUACGCUACUAGGUCAGGCAACGAAUGCUCAAUAAAGUUGUAGAGGGAAAUGCUCGGAACACAAUUUUUGACUCCUUAACUUGGUUUGGACAAGUUAGGAGGUGAACAUAUCAAAAGUCCUCGGCCGUAGCCCUUGAGCGGGGGGGGGAGAGAGGGGGCUUUGAAGGUCCCAUUUUCCGGUUUUUCGAUUAUAUCUCGGAAACUAUGCAUCUUAGCGACAUGGCCACUUAUACAAAAUGAAAGUUAAUUUUAUUUGUUACAAGUUUAUUCAGUCAAUUUUUUCGAUAUGUUGAAUAGUUUUUGAGAUAUCCGCUCUUGAAAGUUUAUUUAGGGCUCUCAAUGUUAUCUUGAUAUAUUACAUCAGUGAAGGUGCUAGGCCGUGUAUGGUAUCGUUUUCGUAUAAAUCUGGGUUGCUGAAUCCAUCUAAGGUAUCACAUUGACACCAUUCCACAAAAUUAAAAAAAAAUCUUUUUAGGGUUCCGUACCUCAAAAGCAAAAACGGAAUUCUUAUGGGAUCACUCGUGCGUCUGAAUACACAAAAUAGUUCUUUACCUAUAGAUGACAGGAAAACCUAUUAGAAAUGUGCAGUCAAGCGCGAGUCGGACUUAAUGUACGGAACCCUUAAUACGCGAGUCCGACUCGCACUUGGCCGGUUUUUUUUAACUCCUCUUGACGCUUAACCGCUGAACCGAUUUCGUUGAAAUUUGGUAUAGAAAUAGUUUGCGUCCCGGAACAGGACAUAGGAUAGAUCUUAUAACCAAAAAUAUCUUAUAAUCAUCUUUUGAAGGUGUGAAAAGUGGCGUGGAAAUUUGUAAGGGAAAUCAAUAACCGCUGAACCGAUUUACUUUAAAUUUGGGAUAGUCUCUACAUCUUUGAUUUAGUUAAAAAUGAUAAAUAAAACAUGACUUCAAACCUAAACUUAAACAGUAUUAACUUCAAGAAGUCAAUUCUGAAAUCCCCCCUACACCUCAUUUCACACCUUUAAAGGAUGAUUUUUGAGAUAACUUAUUAUGUCCUGUCUCGGGACUCAAAAUAUAUGUGUAAUAAAUUUAAAUUAAAACUGUUCAGCAGUUUAAGCGUGAAGAGGAGUUUAAAAGAAAGUAAGUUUAUAUGUUUUUACUUUGGAAUGGUGUCAAUGUGAUACCAUAACUAAAUUUGGUACUGCGCAUUUAUACGAAAACGAUACCAAACAUGGCCUCGUAGCUUUACUGUUGUAGAAGUCAAAAUAAAAUUGAGAGUCCUAAAUUCUUAUUACUUGACCAAACUUGUGUAGAAGCAAAAGGAAAAAUAAAAGUCUUCGGCAGGAAUAUAAGACACAAAUAUAUUUUUUUUUUGCGUUACUAUUUCAAUCAUCAAAUAUUUAAACAUACCUUGAUUAUAUUAUUCUAGUGAGAUCCUCAUAGAUAAACAAAAACAUUUACUUAAAAAAUUACACGGUCGAAAUGUCACGGAACUUGUGAGAGUAAUAUGUGAAAAAUAAAAACUUUUAUGACAAAAAAAUCUGGACACAAUUUAAGAAGCAUCCAAUUGCGUCGAGGAAUCAUCUGUAUUUUUGCUUGUUUCUUCUUCUUUGCUCGCUUCUUUUUUUGUCCUUUGUAUUCUGUAGCAAUUUGUUAGAUCUGAAAAUAAAGAUAACUUGCGUCGUCACGGAUGUCGAUUUAUAGGUUUUAGGGAGUGCAGAAUUCGAAAACGAUGAUCAUUUUACAAUCCAAGAUGGCGGCUACGUAUUUUGUCAUAAAAGUCGUCAUGAAUAUCGUUUUAUAGGUUUUAGGAAGUGCCGAUUUCGAAAAUGAUGACCAGUUUGGAAUCCAAGAUGUGUGCCGUGCACUUUCUAAAUGGUUAAAAUUUAGCAAUACAAUGUUCGGAUUUACAUACCAAACAAUGAAAUUGUCGUAAUCGUAACCAAAAUGUAAGCGCCGUAAAAUUCGUUUAGGUCGCGAGAUUCACGCUCCGCUUGUAUGGUUUGUUGUCAAAACAACAUCAACUCAUAGCGCAAAAUACUGUUUCUCUGUGCCGGUUCUAUACGUUAGGUUAUAUGUUUUCGCGGGCUUGGUUUCCGCAUCUCGACGUCAUAAUAUUGCGCCUAUUUUGCGUGGUGGGUUGGCGGCAUUAUUCUUGCCAACCCAACUCUACCAAGAAGCCUAGCAGACACUUAACGUUGCCGACGACUUCUGGGAGAGACCCCGGUGAGCCGAGGUGUUGUGCCCAGUAUUCUGCCACAACUUGAUUAGUUGUCAAGCGGACCCCAGGCUCUCAUGAGCGGUGGUGAAAUGCCGGGAUAACGUGAGGAAGAAGAUUCUGCCACCCCUGGGCAUUUGAGAAUAACGUGGGCGGCUGUCCCCUCUGCCUCCAUACAUGCUCUGCAGAUGGGGCUAUCUGUAUGUUCGUAAUAAUAGUUCAAUGUAAACUGCCAACAGUUUGCAUGCUUAACGAUUUUAGCUUCAAGUUCAAAUAGUUAAAAUUUGUCAUAAGGGGUUUAUGAUUGACUGUUAAAGCCGUUACAGACGGACGUACCGAACCGUGACCUUAGUCCGGUUAAAAUAUCUCCUACUUGCUCUUAUAACUGCGUCCUUAGCAGACGUACGGCGGACCACGUUGUACACGAUCGAACAGGCUACAGACCGGAUCAAGGUCGUGGUCCGGUACGCCCGUCUGUAGCAGCUUUUAGCUGCGGGUUUUCAAGUCAUAAGUGCUGCUUGGAAUUUAAUAAGUAGGAUGUGCACUCUUCCAAAAAUCGUGACAUAUAGAAAUAAGCUCAAUGUUACGAAGUAAAAGCUGUGUUAUGUGAGAACGGACCCAAGAGAUCUUUUACCAUUUCGAUUUCUUUUUAUAUAGAUGGUCAAGCAAAUCUUGUCAGUAGAAUAACGCGCGAAAUUCAAAUUUUCUAUGAGACGAUAUCCCUUCGCGCCUACAUAUUCCAAAUGUGCCGCCUUUUUCUACUGACAAUAUCUGCUUGACCAAGUAUAGUUCCGUUGAUAGAUAAAAGAUAACAGCAGGAUUCUUUAUCAGCAGGCUGCGUAGCCAACAUGUCAAGCGAUGCAGAAAACGAAACGAAACGCUAUUGUCUCUACCACUCUUUCCAUAUUAGUGCGAGCUAGACAAGGUUUCGUUUCUCUGUGAACGAUUGUCAUCUUGGCAACAAAAAAACUUUUUUUGUAGUGAAAACUUCUUUUCCGGCGCUGUGCAUUUUUUGUGAUGGGGAAAAAAUGUUAAACUCGCGACAGCGUAAGACGGACACGUGACCUGAUCGAAAAACUGUUACAAUGUCAUCGAGUUUUCACUUCUGCCGGCACUCCCGGAGUGCAACCCGUUGUUUUUUUAUGCAAUUAGAACUGGUUCUAUCAAUGGAAUUGUGAAUAGAGGGCGUCCAUUAAUUACGUGAGUUCUUCAGGGGGAGAGGGUCAAGCCGAUUCUCACAGACCCUUCACGUAACCCCCUCCCCCCUCACCCUCAUACCUAUAAAUUAUAAUGACGACUAAACCAUUGACAAUGUUUUUAGAUCUCUUGCGUUUCGUGUUGUUGCACUCGCUAGUUGUUAUGUUAUGUAUAAUAUGUAUAGAUUGAUUCACGUGAGCUGGCAUGUAUGGAUCGAAUUAGUGAAACAAAAGUAGAAUAAAGGCGGAAACAGUGGCUCAGCUCGAACGUGCGCUAUCAUCGUGUUGUCUCGGUACGAAAAGAAUGAUAGACUCCGCCAUUUUGAAAAUUUGAAAUAACUGAAUCGACAAAAAAGAAUCUAUUUAAUCAUCGAACCUGCUCACAAAAUUUCACGAGAAUCGGUCGAGAAUUGCGACCUGUAGAGAACAUCCGGACAUACGACAGUAUUUUUGCCCUAUAACGGAGACCUUCGCUAACGCUUCGGUAACUAAUAGUGUCAGGUUUUGUGAAUCCAUCUGUACGUUAAUUAUGUUAUUGUUGCAUAUGUGUGUAUGUGUGCGUGGGUGUAUAACUGUAUGUGUGACUCGCCUUAUACAAUAAAUAGUGUGGUAUAAAGUA